AGGACUCAUUUUCAUCCAUAAAGACAAGCAAAUCAAGCAACUUCAUCACCUCCGGACCUCCUUUGCAGCUUGAGCCUUCAUCCUCCACCCUCCUGCUUCUUGACAUCGCUAUAUUCCUGGUACAUAUGUAGCUAGUCUUCUCCUGCUUCAUCUUCCAUUCCGCUUUCUCACCUCUCCAUCGAGCACUUUCCACACCUUUUUGAUAUCCCAAAGCACUUACAGUCAAGACUCAAGAGUCUAGCAUCAUCUCAUGGAUCCAUCAAAGUACUGGAUGAUAUCAAGGAGGAAGCUGGGUGCAGAUCAGACGGCGCCUGCUGUCUUCAGCACGCCACACGUCACCGUCGGCGGCGGCGGUGGCAGCUCGGCCUCCUACUACGAGUCGUGGGAGGAACGCGCUUUCGCGGAGGAUUCCGCAGGAAAUCUCGGGGGUUGCAUCUGGCCACCGAGAUCUUAUUCGUGCAGUUUCUGCGCCCGAGAGUUCCGGUCGGCGCAGGCGCUCGGUGGCCACAUGAACGUCCACCGGAGGGACCGUGCAAGGCUCAAGCUCUCGGGGAUGAUGGAGGACGGUGGCAGCGACCAGGGCAUGCCACUGCAUCAAGGCUAUAUGAUCCAGCCAUGCCCACCUAAAAUUGGCGCUCCCCAGCAGCAUGCGCACGGCCCAAAACCUACUACUCCUAGCGCUGACGGUAACCCUAAUUCAAUACGGAGUGUUCUUUCGGUUCCAUCGAGAUCUUUAGUGGAUAUUGGCACAGCAAGAACCGUCUGGGGCAAGCAAGUUUUGGCUUCCCCACUCGCAUCGCCAUCGGCUACUCAAGAAUAUGGUGCGAAGGAGAUGUUUCUUCGUCCUUCCCAGCUUCCACGGGAUCAUCUAAACCAGGUAUCGUGGAUACGCUCUGAGAAAGAAUUGCGUGUUCGGAGUGCUGAAUUGAAGCUGAGUCUUUUGGGCUGCCGCACGCGAAGUAACUUUGAGGAUGAUAGCGAAGAUGAUGAUGGAAAGGCUGAUCAUUUAAGUCGCAAGAGAAGGAGAACUGAUGUGGAGGUAACCCAGUUGUUUCUGUGUUCUUCAUCUAGUAAGCAUCUGCAAAUAGACGAUCAUGAUGAUCGUGACCACCAUGCCAAGGUACUUAAACUUUGUCCCAGCUCUCCAGCUGAUGAACUAGAUCUUGAGCUUAGGCUUUGAGAAGCCCCAGAAAA